AUGUCUUCUGCAAUUUGUUCCCGAAGGGCUCCCUCACCCACCAAGCGCAAGGAUAGGUCUGAAGACAAAUCCAAGGACCGAUCCAAAGAUAAAUCGGGCACCAAGGAGUCGAGCGAGAAGGAUCGUGGUCGGGACAAGACCCGCAAGCGACGCAGUGCUUCCAGUGGGAGCAGCAGUACCAGAUCCCGUUCCAGCUCAACUUCCAGUUCAGGAUCCAGUUCCAGCACUGGUUCCAGCAGUGGUUCUAGUUCCUCUUCUGCUUCAAGCCGGUCUGGGAGCUCUAGCACCUCUCGCAGCUCCAGCUCCAGCAGCUCCUCUGGAUCCCCAAGUCCCUCUCGACGGAGACAUGACAACAGGAGACGCUCCCGCUCCAAAUCCAAGGCACCCAAGAGAGAUGAGAAGGAGCGGAAGAGGCGGAGCCCCUCGCCCAGACCUACRAAGGUGCAUGUUGGAAGACUCACCAGGAACGUGACCAAGGAUCACAUCAUGGAAAUUUUUUCCACAUAUGGAAAGAUUAAAAUGAUCGACAUGCCAGUCGACAGGCUAAAUCCGCAUCUCUCUAAAGGUUAUGCCUAUGUGGAGUUUGAGAACCCUGAUGAUGCCGAGAAAGCCCUGAAACACAUGGAUGGGGGUCAGAUUGAUGGUCAGGAGAUCACUGCCACCGCUGUUCUGGCGCCGCGGCCUAGACCCCCUCCCAGGCGCUUUAGCCCACCCAGGAGGAUGCUGCCCCCGCCACCCAUGUGGCGUAGGUCGCCUCCUCGCAUGAGGAGAAGGUCCCGAUCUCCUCGGCGCAGAUCCCCUGUUCGCCGGCGAUCGAGAUCCAGAUCUCCUGGACGAAGGCGCCACCGCAGCCGCUCCAGCUCAAACUCUUCACGAUAAAGCAAAAAGACUGGACAGCUUUUUAUUUUUUAACUUAAAUCCCACAAAACUAUUGUACCUUUUUUUACAAUGGGUCUGGGUGAGGAGGAGUGAGAGGUAGAUUCCUGGCAGUGAAGGCAACCUAAGAGAAGAGAGCACAGUUUCUAGUCRGUAAAUAGAUAACCUUUGCUGUGGGGCUUCCAGUUUCCUGGCAUUUAAUUGAAAUUAUUUAGAGAUGGCUUAGAUUUAAAGGCUGCAAAUGUAACAUCUCUUCCAGCUAAAUGGAAGGAAAGUUGUCAUUGCUUUUCGUUCAGCAGGCUGCUCCAUGAUGAUUUCUAGAUGCUUAGCGUGCUGUGCAGUCACACGUGUGACUGUCAAGGCAUUUGGGCAUCCCUGCAGUGUGGGACAGAGCAGCAUUAGCUCAGUCUCUAGGUGCCAGCACGGGAUCCUGAGAACAGCUGGAGAUGAGAUUGAAAAACCCAUUUUAAACUAAAGUAGCCACUGUUUUGUUCCAGUUCAUAUCAGCUUAGUGGCUGCCUAGCGUUGCAGCCGAAGCCCCAUAAGGGACCCGCAAACCCACCGACGGGCAGGAGCCUCCGCUCCUGCCCACCAGCCUUGGAAAGGAAGCGGGGAGCGCCCGCGGGUGCUGCUUCCCGCCGCCCUUCCU